UUAGCACAGUCACCAAUACCCAUUCGUUGGGCCUCGCCACUAGAGCCUCGAAUUCAACUAGUGUGAAAACUUCCCUAACGAGACACGUCACUGGAACACCGAAAUGAGGCUCAGACUGCUCCCCCGCCUAGGGUUAAUUUCUCUGCACGAUCGCAUAAACGCUAUGAAGCCGGCGGGGCCCAUCCAUGAACUGGACCUCACAAAUUGCAUUCUUGUCGAACCCGAGCAACUGCCUUUGUACAUCGCCAAAUGUACGGGACUUCAAUGUUUGCGGUGCGUCGCCUGCCCGCUUCGUCCGAGCGCCCUGCUCGGUUUAAUGCUAAAACCGCUUCAGCGUCUGAAGGAAGUUGAGUUCUCCCUCGUGGCUGAUACAGACGUGGAAUAUGAAAUAAGGCAGGUGCACCACACCGCGUCACAAAUGCCAGGCGCCCUGGCACUCAAUCUCCGCCGCAUGUACGUCGAAGUGAGCGACUACCUGAACUUCAAGGUCCUCUCGGCGCUCCUGAGCUACUGCCCGAGGCUGGACGAGCUGCGUGUUCAUUUCGUGCACGGAACCUUCUUCAACGCGCUCCUGGAGUGCAACGUCAUCCUCGAACAGUGCGUCAAUUUGGAAACAUUCACGUUCUCUUCCGAAGUGUCACCCCCCAUUCAACGCUUGCCGUCCACGCCGUUGGACUUUACGAGCUGCGCGGCCGUCUGCGGCAACGUCACCUACCAGAGGUCGACCAACUCGUGGAACUGUUUUCGACUCGAAGACCUCGCUGUCGGCAGCGCUCAUCCCCUCAUUCUGCCGCAGCAGCUGGUCCUGGUUGCCGUCCACCAAUCAGAAAGCACCACGGCGCAAUGGAUUCGCCUGGCCAGCCUUGGACACUUCUGGACGAACGUGCGCCAGCUCUGUCUUCUGCUAUUUCAGGCACGGCCCUGCGCUCUUGUUUACGCGACGGCGGACGCCGCGUACCGCGAGAGCCUUCGCGACUUCAUCUCCUCCAAGCUCCAGCAAAUCGUCGAGCUUAACAUAAGCGCGUUCCACUUCGGCCCCGACCUCUACUUGACGGAGCUGCUCCAGGACGGCUCGCUGCAGCAUCUGCAAUCCCUCUCAGCGACCCCUUGCGGGCUUCGCCGCCCGUCAGCUCUGCGCCGUCUGGCGCAACUCUGCCCCGAAUUCAAAGAACUGGACGUGCGCAUCGCUGGGCGCGGCAGCUUUGUUCGGUGCGCCGUCUGCGAAGGUGAGUGCUUCUUCAAUCCCGAAGACCUGCUGGAAAUGCAAGACGGUGCCCCCGUGUUUCACAAUGUCCUUGCCAGGCUGAGUCUGAGUGACUUACAUGGCCGUCUCUCACUUUGGUUCAUCGUGACCUGCCCAGCGGUUUCGGUGCGGCUGUCAGACUGCCCUAAUCCCUCGCACCCAGACUACCCGUCUCUGGGCCAGCUGCUCGCCAGAAACAGCUCGCUGAGUUGUCUCGUGCUGCAGCACGAUGCCCUGGCUUUCGGCGAGGCGUGUCUGCUGGAAAACAUCUCCCGCAUUGCCAGCCUGCAGUACCUGUGCCUUCUGUCGGCGGCGACAUUACUGGACAAUGACGCCGAGGUGUCCGUGCUGACGGUCAGUGCACGCCUGAAGCCUCACAUCAAGUGUGUGCACGUUCACUACCGAAACUCUACAGACGGUACCGAGAAGCGAAUUACUUGGAUGAAGCAGCUUCGCGCUCCAGGCGGUGGCGUCCUUGUUCCAGACGGUCCCUGCUUCCUCUAUUGUUCUACGGCUACGUUCAUAGGACUCGCCAAGCCGCUGAAUCGCGACUUCGAACAGAUCGUGUAGAUGAAUGCAAGGACGACACGCAAUAAAAUGUCUUAGAUAAG